AUGGACCAGACGGAUUCUCGGGAGGAUAUUGCGCGAAGUAUGUCCUGUGAUAUACAAGUUAGGCGUUCGACAUUUGGCAUCGAGCAUUUGAGUAAUCUAUCUCAGCAUGCUUUUCCUUUAUUACCACGCGAUGACGUGAGAUAUGUAAGUUUCUACAGCGAUUACGGCAGACUUGGUCGAUAUGGCAAAGCAUCGGAAGACAGUUCAAUAUUUGAACGAAUUGCUGAACGCAUGGCAUUCUACACUUAUUUUGACCUUGACGUUCAAAAACAUUGUAAGAACAAGUAUCUACGAUUGUUGUACGGCUUCAACUUUUGGCUUAAACAUAUAUGGAUCAAGCCCUUGUUGCACAAUGCAAUAUGGGUUGUGUCUGGUAUUAUUGUAACCGUAACCUGGUGCAUCGUAUGGGAGUGGGCGGCGUGUUACAUGAAACGUGAGGAAGGGAACUAUAAUCUGGUCCAGUGGUCCGUCGAAUCGGUACCUGAACUGUAUUUUACACUUGAGGGGGCGUUUCAACUUAUAUUUUGCAUGAACUAUCUCAUUCAGUUCUACGAAUGUGAUAUCCGUUAUAAAUACAUUUUCUCCCUAAAUGGAUUUAUUGACCUAACGAUGACCCCUGCUCUAACUCAAACAAUUUCAUUCGUGUCGUCUCACUUCGACUUAGAACAAGAUAAAUAUGGAUCUAUAAAGAAAUUCGGACUUCUUUUUUUCGGACCUUUGAGAUUUUUAAAGCUCACACAAGCCGAGGAAUUGCUAAAUAAGAGCUUCGAUAAUUUAUCAGAUGUCCAUAUGAUCAUUGUUGGCAUCGCCACUGCCGCGCUGUCACUUUUGUUUUCGUUUUCCGGCAUGAUGUAUCUUCUGGAAGCACCGCGCAAAGGAUCAAACUUCGUAACCCCCUUUGACUUCGUCUAUUUUGGAGUAGCCACUAUGGGAACUGGUCAGCAUUUUCGAUCGAAUUGUAACAAUCGUUUAGUGGGAUACGGGGAUUUCGCACCUAUAACGGUAAUGGGUCGAUUACUUUCAAUUCUGCUGAUUUGUACCUGCAUAUCUCUAGGCGCAGUGCGUUUCAAACGACUCAAAGAGGCUAUAACGCUGAGUGACGUCGAUAUGGGCCUGCGUUUUGAUUUAACAGGCUACAAAUACGUACUUUUCUGGGGUCCGCUCUCGGCUUAUCAGAUUCUUACUUUUUGUCGGUCUGUUGUGAACUCCUUCGAUGGAGCCGUAGACACCGUUGUGGUGGCUACUCCAUUGCCUUUAGAAUCUUACAGAGUGGUUUAUGGCGCUGUUAGACGGAAUACAAGGCUCAAUCUUUGCAUACUCGGCGGUAGCGAAAAAAUAUGCGCUCCAUCGUCAGUAUACAAACUGAUUGGUCUAUCGAUGCGUACUGUUGUAGUAAACGACAUGGAGGCGGAGUCCCAUGGGGAACAGGUUGAAAAUGACCGAAUGGCGAUUUUGAGAACUGUUGCAUGCUCUAACAUAGCGAAAAUCCUUGGGAUUCCAAUAGACGUGCAGUUGUAUGGCUCAGAAUAUGGGCCGUUCUUGAGUUCGUCAAAUUUUUCUAGGAUUUGCUUUAUACGGGAGCUUAAGUACAAACUCAUUGCUAAAUCCGUUACUUGUCGGGGAUUAUUUUACUUAAUCCUAACCUUGUUCCAUACUCCAACAAAUAUCAGCAGAACUCGUGUCUAUGUUGAAGAUUUGUACAAGCUGUUCGCGACUUCAAGUGUUAACAGUCGUGAAGAGGGCCAGAAUGAUGCGGAACACUCCCUUCAUGAAGUUGCGAAGCAACUUUUUGAAAUCGUCACUGGUAUGAAGUUCCAGAUUUAUAAACUAGACUUUCCUCCAUGCUUACAUGGAUUUACGUUUUUGGAAAUAUGUCAACAUCUCUAUAAGUCUAAAAAUAUGUUUCUCCUAGGUUUGGUAUCAACGGAAGAAUGUAUUUUAAAUCCUAUAGACUGUAUCAUCGGCCACAAUCGUGAUGGUCUGCAAUAUCAGGGAUUGGUUUUGGCGCAGUCUUUAAGAGAUGUUCACCACGUUGCGAUACUUCAGAACCCAAGCCUAGAUCUCUUACCGCUUAAAAUGGAUGGAACUAUUCCAGGUACUUCAUUGGAGAUAUCUCAUGCCAUACCGGAGAACAGUGGUGACAUCAUGUCGGACGACAACAAUCACAGCGGCUCGCUGUUCUAUGGAAUUUACAAAGUUGAUGAUUACAAGGAUGCCGUCAAUGUGUUUUCGGAAUCAAGAACUCAAUUGAUUUUAGUAUGCGGGUGGUUAGUGGAUAUGCACUGUUUUCUCAAAUCUCUACUUGCGGAUAACGCUGCCAAUGUCAUAUGUCUAGCUCCUAUGGAUCUCGUUAAAAGCUCGUCCCCGCUAACUCUGUCUAGUUUUAGGAGCUCGGUUGUCUACAUAGACGGUUCUGCUAUGGAUAUCGACACUCUCGUCAAUUCUGGUGUUUUGAAAGCCACCUGUAUUGUUAUUCUAAACAGUGCACAAUGCAGUUCUGGGUUCAACGGGAGCCAACUGUCCAAAGAUUCACAGGUGUUGUUUGUGCGCCAUUUAUUAAAGCACAUACGUAUUACUUCAUCACUGCUCUCAACUCCAACACAUGUCAUUUUGGAUAUACAGCAUUCAUCGUGUCUAGAAUACCUGGAUCCCUCGUUGGUAUCAUCUAUGGAAGCUUCCUGUGGAAGACAUACCAUGAAUCGGUUAUGGCAAAAUUUCGGUGAAUUUAUGACAAGUUAUGAAAUGGCUUCAGGGACGAUUUUUGUACAAGAUAUGUUAUACGGACUGUUGGCGCAUUCAUAUGUACCUUCCUCUAAUUCGGUAGGCUACGACACAAUUCAGAAGAUUCUCUAUGGCAAUCAAGAUUCAAAAACUAGCAAUCGCAUAUGUCUAGAGGAUAUAUCAGUGGAAUCUAAUGGUACAACAUUCAAGAAUUUGUUUACGCGUUACCUAGCAGUUAAGCAUAAAAUUUGUAUAGGUAUAUUGCGAACUUACCAAGAUCCUCUCAUAGACGCUGAGCUGAAACAGCUUAUCAUUGUGGCGCCUCAGCCAUCAUUUGUGGUUCAACGUGGAGAUCAGGUAUAUGUGAUUCAGCCGAACAUUAUGGCAACCAUGACAAGUUAA